AUGGAAGAGAUCUUGUACCGUCGGGCUGUGCAAGCUUCGCUGAAUGCAAGAGGUGCUAUGUUAUUUCCGAGGGCCAGACACGCUGCUGUUCUCCCGGCGGUGCGCAGGUACAGCUCAAUGCCAACCGUUGCGCAGCCAUCUUUCUGGAGGUCCCUCAUCCCCAAACCCUGGCGACCCAAGGAGAAGCGACCCGACGUCAAUUUCGGACCCCCCAAGACGCUCAAGAAGCCGAAGAAGGAUUGGAAUCCUGCGACAUUCUACAUCGUCAUUUUUCUCUUCAUCGGCUCUAUGUCGAUCCAAAUGAUCUCGCUCAAGAAAGACUUUAAUACGCACAUGAGGAGAGCAGAGACCAAGAUUGGCAUACUCCGAGAGGUCGUUGAGAAACUGCAACGCGGAGAAGAGGUGGACGUGGAAAAAGCGCUAGGAACAGGUGAUGCGGAGCAGGAGAAGGAAUGGGAGAAUGUGCUGAGGGAAAUCGAACAGGACGAUGGCAUCCGAAAUUCCAAGAAGGGCGAUCGUUCUAAACAGCCUCCAAGCACCAGCACCGAGCCAACGCCAGCGUCUAAGGAUCAACAAGGAACAGCAGCCGCAAACACAAAGACGUCAACAAAUACUUUUACCGGGUUCUAUUAA